AUGAGCAAGACAAGAGAUGAGUGGAUUAAAUGGUUCACGAGCGAUCAAAAAAUUCAAAACUACCAUGUGGGCGACGACACUGUGGAAUUUCGAGGGUAUGUCUUAUGUGUCGAGGGUACAUGCUAUGUUAGAACAACAUAUGAUCCGCGUACUCUUCUCUUUAAAAUGUACGGCAGUAACGGCAAGUCCCAGAUAAUAAAAAUCACAUUUUGGGGCAAAAAUGCCACUAAGUGGUCUCCAAUGGUCAGUGAGCGCUCGAUUGUUCGUAUUCAAUGCGCCAAGGCGGGCGUUUCGAACAAUCAAUGGAGAGGAUCAGUUGUUCCAACUGCCAGUACAGAAUUAACUAUACAGGCUAAUUCAGUUCUUACUUUUGAAGCCGAGAAGUUUUUGGACAUUACAACUGUCAAUCCCGUGCCAGUCGUUUAUGAGGAAGUCUUAUUAAAAGACAUCGCUGCUCAUGAUGAAGAUAAAAAAAUAAAGGUGCAAGGUUGGAUUAAGGUACCGUUUGGACAAGUAACUCACGGUGGAGGUAGCCGUGGAUGUGGGACUAUUGUCGACCACGAAUGGCGUAUCAGAGUAAUCGUCCGCCUAUUUACCGACAAUCCCAAAUUGGUAUUAGGAGCACGUGUCUCUGUCAGCGGUGUUUAUAUUUCAAACGAGGGUUCUUCUCUAUCUUGCGACAACAUCAAAAAUGUAGAGAUCAUGCCCGAGGAGAAUAUUCUAUCUGAAGAUGAAUUACUUACGAUGGGUUUCAUUACACCGAAACGCAAAAUAGAAGAUUCUACUGAUGAACCCUCAACGAAAAGAUCACCUUUUGAUGGGUAA